CAGGAACUCGGUCACCGCCCCAGCCCCCCCUCCGUCUCAUCCAUUGUUGGGCAAUAGUCUGCGACAUCGAAACAAUUUUAAACGAAACUUUCCAGGUUAGUAGGAGCUGAAGAAACAUUUGAAGCCGAAUUUAUUUUCCGAUAUAUUUCACUUAAAGGAAGUGUAUUUCCAACUCGCCAGUCAGGAGGACCUUUAAUCUGAGUCAGCGAGAGGAGGAAAAGGGAGGAAAACUUUUCAGGCAAGGAACUCGGCAAUUCUCAUUCCUCCAUUUUGAACUUUUAAACUCCAGUUUUUCCAGUGGAUUGUUUUCGAUUUCCAGACACCAUGACAAGCAUCAACACAGCUAACAUCAACUUUAAAUGGGACCCAAAGAGUCUAGAGAUCCGUACUCUGGCGGUGGAGAGGCUGCUGGAGCCCCUGGUCACCCAGGUGACCACUUUGGUAAACUCCAGCAACAAAGGCCCAUCUAACAAGAAGAAAGGACGCUCCAAGAAGGCUCAUGUUUUGGCAGCAUCAGUGGAGACUGCUACCCAGAACUUCCUGGAGAAAGGAGAAAAGAUUGCAAAGGAAAGUCAGUUCCUUAAGGAAGAGCUUACUGCUGCUGUGGAAGAUGUCCGCAAGCAAGGUGAGUCAAUGCGACAGGCUUCUGGAGAAUUUGCAGAAGACCCCUGCUCAUCUGUGAAGAGGGGCAAUAUGGUUCGUGCUGCCAGAGCCCUCCUGUCAGCAGUCACACAUCUGUUGGUGCUGGCAGACAUGUCUGACGUCUACAAACUGCUACUGCAGCUGAAACUGGUGGAGGACAAUCUGGCAAAGGUUCGCAAUGCAGGAACAGAGCAGGACCUUGGGAUUCAGUAUAAGGCGUUGAAACCAGAGGUGGACAAGCUGAAUAUCAUGGCUGCAAAGAGACAGCAGGAGCUAAAGGAUGUUCACCAUAAGGACCAAAUGGCUGCUGCUCGCGGGGUGCUACAGAGGAACAUCCCUAUGCUGUACACAGCAUCCCGUGCUUGCCUGCAGCACCCUGAUGUGGCAGCCUACAAGGCUAACCGUGACCUGAUCUACAAGCAGUUGCAGCAUGCGGUCUCUGGCAUCUCCAAUGCUGCUCAGGCCACUGCAACUGAAGACUCAGCACUCAGUCAGCCAGCAGGGGCUGGAGAACUCGCAUAUGCCCUCAACAAUUUUGAUAAACAAAUCAUCGUGGACCCCCUGGCGUUUAGUGAAGAGCGCUUCCGUCCCUCCCUGGAGGAGCGCCUGGAGAGCAUUAUCAGUGGUGCUGCUCUCAUGGCUGACUCUUCUUGCACACGUGAUGACCGCAGGGAGCGCAUUGUGGCUGAAUGCAAUUCUGUGCGCCAGGCUCUUCAGGACCUUCUGUCUGAGUACAUGGGCAAUGCGGGAAGGAAGGAUAGGAGUGAUGCUCUGAACACAGCCAUCGACAGGAUGACUAAGAAGACCAGAGACCUUCGCAGACAGCUGCGUAAAGCUGUAAUGGACCACGUCUCUGACUCUUUCCUGGAGACCAAUGUUCCCCUCUUGGUCCUGAUUGAAGCUGCCAAGAAUGGCAACGAGAAAGAAGUCAAGGAAUAUGCACAGGUGUUCCGUGAGCACGCCAACAAGCUGAUUGAGGUGGCCAACCUGGCAUGCUCCAUCUCCAACAAUGAAGAAGGAGUAAAGCUGGUUCGCAUGGCAGCAUCUCAGCUGGAAAGCCUUUGCCCCCAGGUGAUUAAUGCAGCGUUAGCCCUUGCUGCCAAGCCCAACAGUAAGGUGGCCCAGGACAAUAUGGAUUUGUUCAAGGAGCAGUGGGAGAAGCAAGUCCGUGUCCUCACUGAUGCUGUUGAUGACAUAACAUCCAUCGAUGACUUCCUUUGUGUGUCUGAGAACCACAUCCUGGAGGAUGUGAAUAAGUGUGUCAUCGCUCUCCAGGAGAAAGAUGUUGAUGGUUUGGAUCGCACUGCUGGGGCUAUUCGAGGCCGUGCUGCCAGAGUUGUCCAUGUGGUCACUUCUGAAAUGGAUAACUAUGAACCUGGAGUCUACACAGAGAAGGUCUUAGAGGCCACCAAGCUCCUCACUGACACAGUCAUGCCGCGGUUCACAGAACAAGUUGAGUCUGCAGUAGAGGCCUUGAGUGCGAACCCCUCACAACCAGUGGAUGAGAAUGAAUUCAUUGACGCAUCCCGUCUGGUAUAUGAUGGCAUUCGUGACAUUCGCAAGGCAGUCCUGAUGAUCAGAACUCCGGAGGAGUUGGACGACUCUGACUUUGAGACUGAAGACUUCGAUGUUCGCAGCAGGACCAGCGUGCAGACAGAGGAUGACCAGCUUAUUGCUGGGCAGAGCGCACGGGCUAUUAUGGCCCAGUUGCCCCAGGAGCAGAAGGCGAAGAUUGCAGAACAGGUGGCUAGCUUUCAAGAAGAGAAGAGCAAGCUGGAUGCCGAGGUAUCCAAGUGGGAUGACAGCGGCAAUGACAUCAUUGUGUUGGCUAAGCAGAUGUGCAUGAUCAUGAUGGAGAUGACAGACUUCACCAGGGGGAAAGGGCCACUGAAGAAUACAUCUGAUGUCAUCAGCGCUGCCAAGAAAAUUGCCGAGGCAGGAUCAAGAAUGGACAAGCUGGGCCGCACCAUCGCUGACAAUUGUCCCGACUCCACCUGUAAGCAGGACCUGCUCGCCUACCUGCAGCGUAUUGCCUUGUACUGCCACCAGCUCAACAUCUGCAGCAAAGUCAAGGCUGAAGUGCAGAACCUCGGGGGAGAGCUGGUUGUCUCUGGGUUGGACAGCGCCAUGUCCCUCAUUCAGGCCGCAAAGAACCUGAUGAACACAGUGGUAUCCACUGUCAAGGCCUCUUAUGUUGCAUCUACUAAGUACCAGAAGAACAAAGGCAUGGAGGCCCUCAACUUGCCAGCUAUCUCCUGGAGGAUGAAAGCUCCCGAGAAGAAGCCUCUGGUGAAGAGAGAGAAGCAGGAUGACGGUCAAACCAACAGAGUCAAGAGAUCCUCUCAGAAGAAGCACAUCAACCCUGUGCAAGCUCUCAGUGAGUUUAAAGCCAUGGAUAGCAUCUAGACACCAGUUUUUGACUUGAGAACUCAAAAUAUCGACCAAUGAGUUUAUAUAUAGAUAGAGCAAGUCAUUUGCAUAGACAGUUUGUCUGUUUGACCCAUUAUAUUCCUACAAUGCCUCAUUUCUAUUCCAUAAGUUCACAUUUGCUCUAGUCUGUAGCAUUAACUCUACUCUCUGGUAAAUGCAGUUAAAAGGAAAUCAACUGGACAGAAGCAUUUUUGUACAUUUCUCAUUUUUCCUUUAAUGUUUAUGGGAAGAAGGGGGAGUGGUUUUCAAAUAUAAGAACUAAUUCCGAGAAGCUUUUGAUUAUUUUUUUAUUCUAACCAUUUUACUGUAAUACUGCGGGGUCUGUGUGGUGUUUUCCACUGCUUCUGUACCACAAAUAUCAACUAUGCAAAAUCUCAACUGCCUUGUUGUAACUUGAACAAUAGUUGUACUUCAUUUGGAUGUCCUGGGCUAACUGUUAAGAUUUUAAAACAUGUUCUGGUUCAGCCUGAAAGAGCCACUGUCAAUAUAUUUCUGUGUGCCUGCGUUUUUAUAACUUUAUACCUUGUUGUGGCAUGGCAAUUGAAAUCAGUUUAAACUGACCUUAAACACUAUUUUCAGUGCUGACUUUGUAAUCACUGUGCUCACUUUUCACAUUCAGAUUGGUAAAUAUCGUUCCUUUAUAAUUUAAGCAUCUCAAGUUUAAUUUUCUUGAUGUUUUUUUCUCAUGUUCACAUGAUGCAGCAAACCAAAGGUGACAAAAUAGUCUUCCCAGCCUUCUGUCUGGCUGCAUAAUGGCUACAUGUGCUCGAUCCUACCGCACAGAUCCACCCGGUGCAGUAAAACUUUGUAAAUAGCCUUGACUCCUCAGAGUCUGGGAGAACCCAGUGGGCUUAACAAUGAGUAGAUUCAAUGUAAGAAUUCUCCAAAGCUGACAAGCUUCAUUUACUGUCAAUGAGACCAAACACCUCCACAAUCUUAAGAAUGUGUCCAAAUUGAGGGAUCAAUAUGUUUUCUCUCCACAGCUUAGAGGUAGGGAAGCAAAGGAGGGGAUUUUACUGAGUUUAAACUCUUGCUUAUUGUUUGUAUUCCUUGUCCUCAUCUUGAACACUAAUGAAGAUCUGAUGCCAUGCACAGUCUUUAUAAGAAACUAGACAUAAGUUUCCAGGUGUUGGAGCUUUAAAAUUAUACCGGAGGUUUUUUUUUUUAACUUCAUGUAACAACUGUGGGAUGUAGUUGCUCUGAGUAGCUUGUUUUGCAGUCACUCAUAGGAUCCUCCCAUAUUAUGGUGUAUUGGUAUACAGCCAAGAUUUGAAAUCCUGCUGCUGUGGACCUGGGGCUCAAUCUUUGUCUUUCUUGUGUGACAUCUGUAAACUAUAGCAGGAUUGACAUGUGUGGUUACUUGACAGAUGUCUGUUUUUUUUUUUAUUAAAUGUAGAAUCAAGCAUUUCCAGAGUGCUUUUCAGUGAGUAUUUCCUCACCAUUUGUCUCUUGCUGUAUUUGAUUUUGGAUUUGAAUCUUGAGUGAUAUGAAACUACUUUGCUGUUGUAUUCAUGUGCCUGCUUUAUAUCUUAAUAAACAGUUUAAAUCCA